CGCCAAAGUUCGGGCGGCAGCGAGCAGCACAGGACGACGACAAUACACGGCCGCCAUCUGCUCGUCCAGCGCUUUCAUCGGAAAGCGCACGCACAUCAAUACCGCAACCAUGGCGCCAUCUUUCGAGAACCUCGAUCCGGAGACGGAGUACGAGGUUGACGAUGAGGAGAUCGACUUCUCAGACUUGCGCGAGAAAUUUGAGACAGUGAUGGAGGAGGGCCUCGACACCUUCAUUGUCAUCGACGGCCUGCCGAAGGUUCCCGAAGCCAGCAAGGACAAGCUCAUCAAGUUCUUGCUGCGCAGCUUGACCAAGGUCGGGAAGACGAAGGAGGAGAAUGUGUUCAUGCCCCUCAGCGGCGAGACAGGCCAGACAGAGGGAUUCGCUUUCGUCGAGUAUGAGACUCCAGCACAGGCCGCUGCCGCAGUCAAGGCACUUCACGCGCAGCCGCUCGACAAGAAGCACACCAUGGCUGUCAACAAGCUCACCGAUAUUGAGCGAUUCGGUCGUGAGGGAAGAAUCGACGAGACAUACAAGGCACCAGAGAUCGCGCCAUUCGAAGAGAAAGAGCACUUGCGAUGGUGGUUGGGAGAUGCAGAUGGCAGAGACCAGUUCGUCAUGUACCGCGGUGAUAAUGUGGGCGUGUUCUGGAACGAGAGGGAAGCUGCGCCUGACCAGAUUGUGGAUCGUCAACACUGGACAGAGUCAUUCGUGCAGUGGUCACCAAAAGGCACAUACUUGACAUCGAUGCAUGCGCAAGGUGUUCAGCUGUGGGGAGGCCCGCAGUGGUCGAGGCAAAAGCGAUUCAUGCACCCAGGCGUCAACCUGGUCGACUUUUCGCCCAAUGAGAAGUACGUCACAACGUGGUCGCACCGCCCCAUGGUUGUCGACGAAGGCAACCCUAUCCUCUCGCUCGAGGAGGAUGGCAAGAACUACAUCAUCUGGGACGUCGCGACCGGCAAGCCUCUUCGAUCCUUCGUUACGCUCGACCUUCCUAGCCCUGGCCUCGACCCCGAAGGCAACCCGAUUAAGCAAAAGAUUCAAUGGCCAGCUUUCAAGUGGUCUGCAGACUCGAAAUACGUUGCACGAAUGACACCCAACCAGAGCAUCUCCGUCUACGAACUUCCCAGCAUGCGACUGAUGGACAAGGUAAGCGUGAAGAUCGAAGGAGUACAGGACUUUGAGUGGUGCCCGGCGAAUCCAAAGCGCAUUGAGCAAAAGGACUACGAGCAACUAUUCGCAUACUGGACACCUGAGAUGGGCUCAAACCCGGCCAAGGUCGGUAUCAUGUCUAUUCCGUCAAAAGAGAUUGUCCGAACACGAAACCUUUUCAACGUUAGCGACGCGAAGCUCCACUGGCAAUCCGACUCGAAAUUCCUCUGCUGCAAGGUGGAUCGACACAGCAAAUCGAAGAAGUCGCUCGCUACGAACCUCGAAAUCUUCCGCGUACAAGAAAAGGGUGUGCCUGUCGAAGUUGUCGACAGCUUGAAGGACACCGUCAUCAACUUCGCGUGGGAGCCAAAAGGUGAUCGCUUCGUCCUCAUAACUGCUGGCGAAGUGCCCGCCGGUGCUGCUAUUCCCCCCAAGACUUCCGUCUCCUUCUUCGCUCCUGAGAAGGCCAAGGGUAAUGCCGUUGGCAACUUCAAGCUCAUUCGCACCGUGGACAAGAAGAACAACAAUGCCAUUCACUGGUCACCGAAUGGCCGAUUCUGUAUUGUUGCCACAGUGUUGAACCAGCAGAGCUUCGAUCUGGACUUCUGGGACUUCGACUUCGAGGGUGAGAAGGACGAGAAGGAGAAGGAUCUUACUGCCAACCUCCAACUCAUGAACACAGCCGACCACUACGGUAUCACAGAUAUUGAAUGGGACCCCAGUGGACGAUUUGUCGCGACCAGCGCAUCAGUGUGGAAACACCGCAUGGAAAACGGCUACCAUCUCUACUCCUUCGCUGGUCAACUUCUUCGUGAGGAGCCUGUCGAAGGCUUCAAGCAGUUCACUUGGCGACCACGCCCUGAGCGCCUGCUCAGCAAGGAGGAGAUGAAGGAGAUUCGCAAGAACCUUCGCGAGUACUCCAAGACCUUCGAAGAGCAAGAUCAAGCCAAGAAGAGCUCUGCUGACAAGGAGGUCAUUGAGAAUCGUCGCCGACAACUCGAGGAAUGGCUCGCAUGGCGUGAACGCACCAAGGAGGAGCUGCUCGAGGAGAGACAGGACAUGGGUCUGCCUGAGAUCUCGCCUGAGCAACAGGCGUUGGUUGUGGAGGACAGUGAAGGAGAUAGCAAGGUCGUGGAGGAGAUCUUUGAGGAGAUCCUGGAGGAGACGGAGGAGAUUGUGGAGUAGGCUGCCUAGGACGAGGAUGAAAGUGCGUUCUGUCGUUCAAAGGACUACGAUGUACGCAUGGUCAAGGGAUGUGCUCAGCGAUUCAUAACGUGGAAUGAAGUGUUUGAUAGACGUUUUUGCGGUAUGAAGCAGCUCCCAGGUUUUCCCCCGGAAGGUACAUGUGCUUGUCUUUCAGACAGUUUCCUGGCUUAGCCGCUCUUCUGCCCACGCUUGGAGGC